CAGGGAGGGGAUUUUGUAGAUGGUAUGAAAAUGGGUCACGUGAGUGAUAUUUAUCAAACACGGUCGUGAUAUCAAAUAUUAGUUGUCACAGGGUCGCUAAAAUCUUGAUUGGCAAUUCAAUUAUCUAAAUCAACGAUUUUUCUUGUGAUUCAGUACGUUCGAAACACUUCGGAAGAUGGAUACAAUACUUAAACUAAACAAUCAGACUGCGGGGAGGGAUAAAGUUAUAAGGUUACUCCAGUAUGGUAGCAGAGCGAGCUGGUAUUUCUGCCAAAAUGGGGAGAGGACCAGGCAGAGUAUAGACAUUUUGAAGAGCCUUGAAUACACAUUUAGUUCCUUCAGAAAACUACUCCGCCUUGGAAGAUGUUUGGAUUUGCUCUACUCAGCUUUGUCUGCAAUGAAAUAUCCCAACUUAGUAGUCAGGGUGACCCUAACUUUGUCAAAAAUAGCCAGCGCUCUAUUCCUACUGGCUGACCAUAUAAUCUGGGUGGGUCGAGCUGGUAUUUGUCAAGUGAACGUGGACAAAUGGAGUCAAAUAUCAAACAAAUAUUGGCUGAUGGCAAUUGUUAUGAAUCUGGUGCGAGAUGUUUACGAAAUAUACCAGAUAAUGAAACAAGAAGCUGCUGGGUUACGACUGCGCACAUCGGGGAAAUUCAAAUCUCACUUAUCUCAUCAAAUACAAGCACUUUGCUGUGUUAAAAAUCAUACAGACGUUUGGGUUGACACCGUUAAAAAUAGCUGCGACCUUUUUAUACCGCUCACCUCACUUGGAUACACCAAACUUAAUCCUGGGAUAAUUGGUUUACUUGGACUUCUUUCCUCUAUAGCAGGAAUUUACAGUUUGAUACAUCCACUGGCUAAAUUAAGUCCUGCGUGACCAGGCAACAGAAGAAUUGUGAUUUUAAGUUCUCGUUUAUUUCUUAUUGUAAGCCAUUCAUAGUUUUGGACUUCAGUGUUACGAUACUGGUUUUGCUUCUGUGUAUAUAAAUCGCACGAGAGUUGUGAACGAAACUCCGGGAGUUUGGUCUACUUUGUAACAUUCCGUUUUUGUAUUCUCCUUAAAUCUUGUAUUCGUAUUCAAUGUAUAAUUUAAGUAUGUACAUACAUUAACAUUAAUUAUUAGGUAUGUGAUAAUUCGAAUUUCAAUUUGGUGAUAUUUUAUGCGAUAGAUUAAAUCAGAGAUCAAUAAGAUUAGGAUAAGGGGACUUUGUCAUGUGGACUUAUCUGUGUAGGUUGAUGAAUAAAAAUCAAAAAAAUCUAGUGGAUUAAGGUGCGCGUGUGUAAAAUUUACUCAUAACUAAUAUUAAGUUUGUGAAAAAUCUGCAAAUAUACACAUAACGUAUCGAACUUA